GUAACCGGUUGGUGUGCGGGUUCCACUGCUUCCCUGUGCACUGGGAGACGAGUGACAGCGUGCGGGAUUAUGCGCUAUCGGAUAGCGUUCUGUUAGCUGUGAAAGUAACCGUUUUCGAGUCGACGGAAAGUCUUCAUUGAAUUAACCUGGAGACGCCCGAUCGUGUUCGUCUCGUGUAAACGACGCGGGGGAGGACAGUUGUGGUCAUUAGUAAGGGUGGACAGAUUUCGUCGAAAGUGAGGCUAGGAAUGUAAGCGGUGUGCUCAAGUGAUGACGCUGUGAAAAUUGCUUGUUAUCCACGUCGAACGCGUAGCUCGACUGAUUCGUGCAGUCAUCUGGCAGCUGCUCUCGGCAAGUGAUCAGAAUUAGUUUAAUAAUAGUUCGUAAUAGCGGUCUGCAUCUAUUAGCAACCAGCAACGAACGUACAUUGUGCAUUCCGCCAAUUGCGUGCCCAUUAUCCAAGCCAGUGGUAGAAAUGAAGAGAUAGAGAAUGAGUGAGAUGAGGGAAGCUGAGCGCAUCGCGAUCCAGUGACAGACAGAACACGUAUGGCGUUUUUGUUGAAAUUGACUUCCGAUUGCCAGUCUGCUAGCACUUGUCUAGCUGCGAUCUGAACGCAUUCGGAAAACACAGAGCAGCAAAACAUCUGUCAGUUGUACUUAGCAUUUCACUACGCCCGCCUCAGUGCAUUACCGGUAGCCGCCGAUCAGCAGUAGUGACUGCGCAACCAGGCACCAGUGUUUUUUGGAUACAGCCACGGCGCGUAGCGAUGCUGCCAUUUUGCCUAGCGCAAAGGGUUAACGUGUCCCGCUGCUCGCGGGACGAGAGAAUCGCCUAGCGUAACGCCGCGCUCGUUGCUCUCCGCUUCGCAGCGUCCUCCGUGAGCACCGGGCUCAGCAGUCGCUUGAGAAAACACUCACGGCCAGUGAGGAGAACGCACGUAGGGCCGUCGACGUGCACGGCUAGUGUAUAUUGUCUGUGUGAUCGCGCCUGCCUGUAAAAGGCCGCUGCUCGGGCGGCGGACGCUGCUUCCCGACCGCACGCACGCGCGUGUUUACGACUUGAACUUUACACGGGAGUUCAUCGAGUGAGUGAAAAGGGGAGCCUGUGCAUCCCCAAUACUUCUGCGUUCGGUUGGCUUCUACGCUAUGGAGUGGCCGUGUCAGGGCUACGGUAGCGGCAACGCGGGUCCGUUUGUGAGAGUAAACAACAACAACAACAACGACGGCGGCGGCGGCGAUCGGUCAGUGAAUAACGGCAUUAGAUUUGUGGCCAGUGGAAGAACUCCGUUUGUGGGUGGUGGCAAUGUGUUGCCGUACUCCCCACCCCCGGGCUACAGCAGUCCACCCCCGCUGUAUCAUACCCCUAACAUCGAGAGUAGGUUCGGGCCAGGAGGCCAGUUCUAUGGACAGUGCACUGGGAAAAGUAAAGAGAUGCCUUAUCCCUCUAUGCCAUAUUCAAGUAGGGACAAUGGGAAUACCACCCAGGUUGGAUUGGGUGGAGGAGGCACAAGUAUGCUACAUGCAUCCCCGGACCAGAGGAAGACUGGCUCUCCCUAUUAUGGUACCUACAGUGACACACGGCGGCGGUCACUAGACACAGCAGCGUCAGGAGUUACUAAAUACCCUUCACCGAAUGCAUCAGGCGUUAAAAGACAAAAAGUGUACAAUGGGUCAGAGGAAUUUGGGCAGGACUCCCCAAGAUAUACCUCUCCGAAACCUGGCCUCUAUCAUGGUGAACCAGCAUAUUUCAUGGAUGGAGCGCACAAUUCACCUGACCCUUGGUCAGGACCGCCUGGUCAUCCGAACGGCUUGCCGUCGUCCAGCUAUGGCCCAGCCAUGAUAGGCAGUGUAGGGCCCCACUUCACUCAGCCCACGUCCACAUACGCCAACAUGCAUCCGCCCCCUGCACAUCACGACUCUGUGGGCUACAAUCCAGAACAGUUGCUGUCCAGUGGUCUUCCACCAAUGUCAACGUUCCGUGGGGGCCAGCCUGUUCCAGCGGGUGCACCGUAUAGUACAUCUCCCUCCAACCUUGCCAGCUCUGAAGGAGCCAGCCGAGGCAACAGCUCACAGCAAACGGGCGACGCAGUGCGCAAUGCGCUCGCAUCCAUUUAUUCAACUGACCAUACGACCAGCAACUUCCCAUCAAAUCCUUCCACACCGGUCAGUAGUCCACCACCAAUGUCAGGUUCAAGUUGGCCAACGCGACCACCAGCACCCACAUCUCCACAUUAUGGCGAAAGUCAUCUGCAUUCACUUCAGAGUCGUAUGGAGGAAAGGUUGGACGAUGCCAUCCACGUUCUACGGAACCAUGCUGAGGGGGCGCCACUAUCCCUUCCUCCAGGUCACCUACCGGGCAUGCCGAUCAUGCACACUGCACAUUCCAAUGGAAUCAUGGGAAACAUGGGUGGCGGUCCAGGGUAUCUGUCGGGCGUGCCGUCGGCAACGUUAAUAGAUUCUCACAUGGCUAGUCCACAUACAUUUCAUGAUGACCACCUGAAGAAACACAUUGCUUCAGACCCUCUAAGCCCAGAUCUGAGUAAGGAGUGUGAUGAUGAUGAUAGUGACACAGACGGACCUGCCCUGAAAGCGGAGAAGAUCGACACCAAGUUAAACUCAGAUAUGCUCCUUGAAUCGACGAAAAAUGAAGCAACGUCCACGUCAGCACCAGCCGGAUCAACCACAUCGUCGAAAAAGCGAUCAAGAAGCAGCAAUCCGGAAGAUGAUGAUCCACCAGUUAUAAAACAUGAGCGUGAGAAAGAGAGGCGACAUGCGAACAACGCUCGCGAAAGAGUACGAGUGCGAGACAUAAAUUCCGCAUUCAAAGAGUUGGGCAGAAUGGUGCAGAUGCACCUGGCAGAGGACAAACCACAAACGAAGCUCGGCAUACUACACCAAGCGGUCAGCAUCAUCACCAACCUGGAGCAGAAAGUGAGAGAGCGGAAUCUGAAUCCCAAGGCAGCAUGCUUGAAACGGAGAGAGGAGGAGAAGACUGUAGAGGAUCACACAAAGUCUUUGGGGCCACCUAAUGUCAAUCCACUGGAUGCCUUGCAGCCACAGCCAUCACAUAUACAGGCUUAUGAUUACGAUGAUGGCAAUGAUGGUGAAUAUGAUGUAUUCAUGGAAUGACGGCCACCAGGUUAGGGCUACUGAAUUAUACUCAUUCAAAACAAAUGCCUCCACACUCGACCAUGCUUCACCAGCAUCCGCCACUGCACAUGAACUGAUGAAUUUGGGGGCCCGGAGACUGGUGCGGCCACAUGUGGUACCAGCUACCAGGGCCUGUGUGAACAAAGCCUCACAAACUGUUGCCAAAACUGUGCUCGUUUACUAGCAGAACGCUGGUUGUGUGUUGCCGUGAAGACGAAUCUGCUCGUAGACCAGCUCUGAGACGAGUGGCGCAUAGCCGAUAAUCAAUUGUGAAAUCGUAGUGUAAACUGACCAAGUUAUGUUGAUGUUUUCGCAUGCGUGCGCACGUGCAUGCAUGCGUGCGUGCGCACGUGCAUGCAUGCGUGCGUGCGUGCAUACGUGCACGUGUGAGAAUGUCUGUAGGCGUGGUGGUUUGCUGCCAUGCACUGUACAAAUAUUGUCUACUGGAUACUACACUUUAUGCAUAAUGCAUUUGUUCCUGUGGCAGGAUACCAAAGAGUUACUUCCCAAAAACAACAACGUAGUGCGUGCAUCUUAAAAUUUACCAUGACUUUUUCGUACUUAAUUUGUUUCAAAAGUGUUGCAGACUAGUCUCCUCUUAAUUCCUAUAUAAACCAUUAUAACGGCGAUUAUGUGUAUAACGGCUGUCCCAUCCUACUUAUUAUUUGGUUCGUGGACAGCUAUGUUGUGAACUCUGUUGUGCUUGAUGAAACAGUCGUGGAAAGUUGAGAGUAAAAUUGUAAGAGCAGAAACUGUUUUCACCUAUUGUGAGGAAACCUGUGUAUAAUUAUGUAAGAAAGGUUAUAUCCAUAUGGUAUAGCCCUCUAGUGGGAGAACGCGCAGUUUAAAGGUAGCAGAAGUUGGGAAAGUCUACUAUUGUUAAAUUUUUUAGUUUUUUAACGUAAAUGUCCAGAGGUGGAAGAAAAUCUUCAAUCAUGUCAUUCAGAUGAUUCUACUUGUAAGGUAAUUUAAUACGUCCGUUUGACCUUAUUGAAUAUGUGAAUUGGUGUAGAAAUGAGAUGUUGGCAUAUAUUAUAGGAUAAUGUUGAUCAUGGUUGAACUUUUGAUUGUAUACGUUUCACAGUUUCUUCAUGUUUUCAGCUGGUCAAACUAAGGUGAAAGCUACUGCGUAAGGAUGAGGUGAAAUGGAGAUGCUGCCAGGUUAUAGAUGAUAGAUACUGACUUGGUUUCCAUUUUGUUCUGUUUGGGAACUGUUUAUUGGUUGUCUCCUAAGAUGUACCCUUGUACAAAUCGAUCAUAAUGUUGUGUUCACCUUGGACAGGUUUACUUGUCAACCUGGACAGGUAGUGUAGAUUUAUAAAUGUUGCCAGAUGCGUGAACAUUGAGACUGGUAUCAUACGUAGCGGACUUACAUUAAUGACCACUGUGUUCUGUUCGAAUUUAUAUUAUGUUGGCUCAGAACAUGGGAAGCAGUAAUUCAGCAAGGGAGAUUUCUUCACUGGUAAACGAUGAAUCGUAUUUUGUUGUACGCUGUUAAUCACCUAUCGUUUAAACACUCGGUAACAAUGCCUGUAUUUCAUUUGUUCUAUAAUCGGACUAUGAGCGGAAGCGAUUUGCAAAACCCAGAUCUGAUCAGCUUUGUGCAUGAGUUGUAGAAUUCGAUUGAGAAAGUUUAUAAAGUCAAUUUUUUUAUUUUAUGAUGCAACAGCAGAGAAAAGUAUGUAGGUUGUAGACAUUUAUGAUUAUCUCAGUAUUUUAUUUUAAUGCGUCGAUAUGAUAUUGUAGAUACUAAUAUUGAUUAGGUGGAAGGCUGUUGCGGUCAGUGCCCAGGGAGCGAGCGCCCUCUAUAGGCGAUGUUCCCACUUAGUUUUACUCUGCUCUCGGCGGGCCUAUAUGAUAUUUACUUGUUUGCAGAGAAGAGUAAAUUCGUGAAAGUAAUCUUCAACUGGCAAAUUGAGUUUACGUGAAGCAGAAUAAAGGUUAUGUCAGAUUGAUUGGUAAUGGAAGAGCAUUGCCUCGGGCGCGGUCAUGGUUGGCCUAACAGCUUCCGUGUACUGUCGAGGCCUCACCUCUCCUAGUGACAACCCAAUGAUCACUCUGCAUAAGUAGCUGCAUGCUUUAGUUGUUUGCCUGUUAUUUUGAAUCAUUCAUCUUGUAUCAAGUGAAUUCCAUCUCUGUUUUAUAUAUGAAAUUAUAUAUAUUUUAUGAUGAGAGACCUUUUCAUUAAAUCCUAUUGAUCCAGUGUGCCAGGCCACUGUGUUUUAUACAUACAUAUCCCCUAUCCUCUGCGCUUAAAUCGCGAGCGUGGACUUCUGGACAUACUUAGGUUGUAGCACUGCUGUAAUGUUGCAACAGCGUGAUUACACGUCGGAUUGGCUGUAGUUAUUGGUAAGAAUUCAUCAAACUCUCUUGUGUUUCUAAGAGAGCACCAGUCGCAUGCUUGUACCGAAACCUUUUACACACUGCGACUAAGAACUGAAUGUUGACUUGCGAAGUUCUUCAUAACUUUGCUAUUUUGCACAAUUGUUAGCAGUUGGGUCGUAAUCAUGUUGGGGGGNUUAAGGUGUAUUUAAACUAAAAGCGAAUCGUAUACAGAGUUGCCUAGGUACUGUUAUAAGUGAGUUGAGUGUGUACAAUGUAAUUCAUGUAAGAACCGACCUAUGUAUAAAGCACCAUGAUGUCAGCAUACAUAUCCUCGAGUUGUGGUCAGCCAGCUCCUAGGGCCAGCUUGUGUAUCGUUAUGCUCAAAAUUUGCAAGUCAUUACAGUGUGUUUUUGGUCAGAUCAUAAAUGGCCUCCGGUAUCUCUGUAUCUCUACUCGUUUAGCUGAAUGCUAUAUAUUCAGUGCGGUGUUCUGUCGUCUUACGUCGCUGAGGGCUGAAUGGCUGACAGUAUCAUGAAAUCUCCAGUAGCAUAUUUUCCUACAACAGUAGUAUUCUGCUGUUAUGAUAGCGCAAAGUUGUACAUAGCUUUCAUGUAGAACAUUAAUGUCUUUUUCAGUAAAA